AUGGCUCUACGUGCUCAAUUUGAGAAUAAUAACGAGAUUGGUGUCUUUUCUACAUUAACCAACUCGUAUGCCCUUGUCGCCUUAGGUGGAUCUGAAAACUUUUACAGUGUUUUCGAAGCUGAGUUGGGUGAUGUGAUUCCCGUUGUACACACUACUAUCGGUGGUACUCGUAUCAUCGGUCGUUUAACUUGCGGAAAUAAAAAUGGUCUUUUAGUGCCCGCUUCAACUACAGAUAAUGAACUUCAGCACCUUCGCAAUUCCCUUCCUGAUUCCGUAAAGAUUCAACGUGUUGAUGAGCGUCUUUCUGCUCUUGGUAAUAUCGUUGCUUGUAAUGAUUAUGUUGCUCUCGUCCACCCCGAUAUCGAACGCGAAACCGAAGAAAUUAUUGCUGAUGUCUUGGGUGUCGAAGUUUUCCGUCAAACAGUCGCUGGUAAUGUUCUUACCGGAUCUUACUGUGCUUUAAGCAACCAAGGUGCUUUGGUUCAUCCUCGUACUAGCAUUCAAGAGCAAGACGAACUUUCAUCGUUGCUUCAAGUUCCCCUUGUUGCUGGUACCAUCAAUCGUGGUUCAGAUGUCAUUGGUGCCGGUCUUGUUGUCAACGACUGGUGUGCUUUUGCUGGCUUGGAUACCACAGCAACCGAAUUGGCUGUUUGUGAAUCAAUUUACAAGUUACAAGACGCUGAACCAUCUGCUAUCAUCAACAACAGAGAUACUCUUGUAGAAUCUUAUACUUAA